AUGGCCUCCAACAGGUCCCCCGACCAUCCUUUGUCUGCUGCGGUAGAUAAAGAUGGGUUGAUGAUACCGCUGAUUGAUUUUGGCCCAUUCUUCACAGGAACACCAUCUGAUAAACAUGCCGUCGCUCUCUCCGUAACUCAGGCCUUCAAAACAUCCGGCUUCCUAUACCUUAAGGCCCACGGUAUUCCACCAUCCGUUGUGUCCAGAGUUUUCAUCUCAUCUGUCCGUUUCUUCGCCCGCCCCCAGAGUGAGAAGGAUUCUCUAGGCUGGACAACUCCACAGUCGAACCGUGGUUACGUCACUAUCGGGCGGGAGAAAUUGAUGACUGUCGAUGAGACAGAUAGAGCCGAAACUUUGCGUGCGUCUGCGCCUGACUUGAAGGAGACUAUGGAAAUUGGUCGCGAGGGAGUCGAGGGCCUGCCUAAUCGCUGGCCCGAUCACCUCGAUGACGAAGGAAAUGAUUUUAAGCAAACGAUGCAGUCAUUCUUUGAAAUGGGAAAGACCCUACAUAAACAUAUCAUGCAGGCCAUUGCAUUGGGAAUGAAUUUGCCUGAGCACUUCUUCGACGACUCUGUCAAUGCUGGUGACAAUAAUCUCCGUCUGCUUCACUAUCCCCCCGUCAGCAAAGAAGUCUUCAAAAAGAACCCUAACCAAGUCCGUGCCGGUGAACACAGCGACUAUGGUUCAAUUACUCUGCUUUUCCAGGAUCGAUACGGUGGAUUGCAAGUCCGCAGCCCCAAAGGAAACUUUGUGGAUGUGACUCCUAUUGCUGAUACUAUUGUUGUCAAUGCCGGGGAUCUGCUCGCUCGAUGGUCGAAUGAUACCAUCAAGAGUACCCGUCACCGGGUAAUUCAGCCGCCCACACUCGAAGGCUCCGAGAACGACGCAUCUGACUAUCCUGCACGGUACAGCAUAGCGUAUUUCUGCCAGCCCAAUAACGAUAAACUUAUUGAAGCACUGCCGGGAACCUUUGGCGAGGAAAUUCAAAAGGAGAAGAAGUACUCCGCGAUUACUUCAGGCGAAUACCUAGUCCGGCGAUUGACAGCGACUUAUUGA